CGUGUUCCUGCGCAGCGGCAAACGUAGUAUAAAUUGAUCACAGAUAUUGCAGUCGGACUCACUCUGACGCAGUGCUGUGUUCUGAGGAGAGGAACACUGGAAAAUAAUCCAGAUGAAGCUCUCUCUGAUUGUGAGCUAUGUGUUGCUGGUCGUAACCAUGGCCUUGCCGCUUGAUCCAGCGUUAGACGAUGAAUGGCUGUCCUGGAAAUCCUUUCAUGGGAAGCAUUACAUGGAGGAAGAGGAAAUCUACAAGAGGAUGAUAUGGGAAGAUAACAUGAGAUUCAUUCAGAAGCACAAUCAGGAGCACUCAAUGGGCAAACACACAUUUACAGUGGACAUCAACCAGUUUGGAGACUUGACCACUGAGGAAUACAAUCAGCUUCUGACUGCAAACCAUGGACUGAUACCUGAUGAUUACGAAAUGAUUGGAGUACAGAACCUGACUGCACUUAAUGAGACUGUUCAAUGAUGAAUUGAAGGCUUAGUUACUCCAGUACAAGACCCGGUGAAAACGAAAGAGAAGUGUUGCCAUUCUGUGCCUUGCUGUCCUGCUGUAGUAGUUUAUCUAAGUGUCAAAAUUCUGUGCUUUACUACUGUAAUAUUGCUAAUGGAAUUUGGAGAGACAAUUUAAUCAUAAAGUACUGUUGUGUAUAAAAAUCUGUUUGGGGAGGGAGCUUGGCUUUAGACCAGCAUAUUGUUGCUGUAAUGCCAAUAGGGGACGAAUUCGAGAAACCAAAUGUGUAAAGAGUAAAAGGAAAUGUUUCCCACCUACACGAUAAUAACUGUUAGAACAAGAAUAAAAGUGAUUGUUAUUUUAAA